AGUCGUUCCACCAUCUGCCUGAUCAACUUUGUGCUGUCUGGUAAAGCCGUAUUACUAGAGCAACCCAGGAAGAGCACUACCAAGAUCAUCUCCCACGUCCUUACCAGCCACUCAGGAGUGAUCUUCCUGCACUGUAUACCAUCCACGAGACCCCACCUUGACGACCCCCCCUCAAUCAGCGAGGGUUGGGGGGGACGCAUCACUGACUAUCGGAUAUCGGACUUCAGUGAGUUGGUCAAGGAGAACUCACUGGCCCCCACUCCAGUGGACAGGACAAAGAUACCCAAGGUCUACCCGGAGCAGAUCGCUCUGAGCAAGUUGGAACAUGCCACUCGUCACUGGCCCAUGGUCUACGCAGACACACUCAUCUACACACUCACACAGGAGCUGGACUGUCUACCGGCUCUAAUCAAACAAGAGACCAUGUCAGACCCACAGCUGGAGCAAUGCAGACAGGUGAUCACUCAGCUCUAUGAGAAAGAGAAAGCCAACGAGCCGCUGUCAAUACCGACUGGUGGCAGGAACAAAGGGGUUAAGAGAGAUGAACAGUAUCGCAGUCUGUGGUCGGAGCUAGAGGACUUGGCACAUAUGUACAGCUCCAACUCUGAGAGGCAUCGUCACUUGCUAGAGUUCCUCCUUCAGAUGACCUCCCGCUGUCCGAGCAUGCAGCUGCCUAGGAAAACACCUCCCGUCAAGACAGAGAAUGGCAGUACAGCCACUGAGAGUUCUUCAAAUUAGAGGGAUGUCGAAAAGCACUCCAACGAUAGAGGUGGAAGGUCAGUCAAUGGCUCAGACUAUAAGUGGAACACGAGGACACAGGAAGGUCACAGACCACACCCACUAUAGUGGACGGAGGACUCCCCACACUCGCUAAACCUGGAGACUCGUUACUGUCGAUGUGGACAAACAGGAAACGUGUCGCAGCUGAUGGCUGUCAUCAAGAGUUUGCCGGCCGUAGCUAUGGUGAAUCAAAGAUUGAGCUUUACAAGAACUUGAGAACUAGCAAUGUUGCACCAUUACUAGAUCAUGAAUGAAUGAACACUCUACAUCUGUGUGUGUGUGCAUUUGCUGUUGUUGUUGUGGAGAUAAAUUUAUUGACAAUGAUAAAUUGUAUUGAAAAAAUCCAUGAGCUAUAACGCGUAUGAACUAAUUUU